GCGAAUAUUAUUACAGUAAUUAAGAGAUGUUGUAAUGGUGAGGGACACAGUCAAAUCACAUUUCAACGGAUUUACCUGCUUUCUUCUCCUUCAAAACACAAAUACUUGCGCCUGAUUCUUCUUCUUCCAUCACAACUCCCGAAUUCAGACUAACCCCUAAAUUUAAUUUCACUUAUUCCUGUAAUUUAAUCUCUCAAUUACAUUUUGUUGUGUAUACAAAAAAAAAAAACUAGCUCAGAAGUUCUUGAUCGUCAUUUCGCAAUGUUCUCCAAACUCUUCAACAAGCAUUCAUCUGAUUCUCAGAAUGACUCGCCAGAAAGUAAGGCUCUGAUUGACUUAAACCCCCAAGUUAUUGCUCACUAUGGAAUUCCUUCUACGACAUCUCGUCUUGCUUAUGAUCCCAUUCAGCAGCUUUUGGCAGUUGGGACCCUAGAUGGAAGAAUUAAAGUUAUUGGCAGUAACACGAUAGAAGGCCUUUUGACAUCUCCAAAGGAAAUACCUUUCAAAAACUUAGAGUUCCUUCAAAAUCAAGGCUUUCUAAUCGGUGUUUCAAAUGAAAAUGAUAUUCAGGUGUGGGAUCUUGAGCAAAGAUGUAUAGCCUCCAUGUUGCAAUGGGCAUCAAAUAUAACUGCGUUUUCUGUGACGGAAGAAACAAAUUAUAUGUAUCUAGGUGAUGAUUGUGGAUUGGUCUCUGUUCUAAAGUAUGAUGUUGAAGAAAGAAAGAUUUUGCGGCAGCAAUAUAGUAUCCCAGCUCAUUCAGUUUGUGAGGCUGCUGGAAUUCCACUGCGUAAUGACCAAUCUGUUGUUGGAGUUCUUCCUCAGCCCUGUUCUAGUGGAAAUAGAUUGCUGUUUGCAUAUGAUAAUGGAGUUAUUGUUUUGUGGGAUAUCUCUAAAGAUCAGCUAGUUUUAGUUAGAGGAUUGAAUAGUCACCAGGUGAAUGACAGGAAUGUGGUUAAUUUAGCAAAUAUUAGGAGCAAUGAAGUAAAGGAUCAGACAUUUGGUGACGAACAAGGGGAUAAGGAGAUCAUCUCUGUCUGUUGGGCGUCUUCAGAUGGAUCAAUACUGGCUGUCGGCUACGUGGAUGGGGAUAUUUUGUUUUGGAAUUUGUCUGAUGUUGCAACCAGCAAAGACCACAAAGCUGGAAAGGCAGCGGACAAUGUGACCAAGCUUCAAUUGUCAUCAUCCGACAGAAGAUUUCCUGUAAUUACUUUACAUUGGUCAGCAAGUGAUGCACACAGUGAUCAUGGUGGCCAACUCUUUGUUUAUGGUGGUGAUGAAAUCGGAUCUGCUGAAGUUCUAACGAUCCUGAGUCUUGAAUGGUCUCCUAAGAGAGAUGUUUUGAAGAAUGUCAGUCGGGCAAAUGUCACCCUUCAAGGUUCUUUUGCAGAUAUGAUAUUGCUUCAAAGUUUUAAUGUGGUAGAAGAUACAGGGACUACAUCACUCUUUUUACUGACCAGCCCUGGACAGCUGCAAUAUUAUGACAGUCCUUGCUUGUCGGAAUUAAUUUCUGAUCAAGAUAAAUCUUGUACAACUCCUCUCAAUUACAGAAGUGUUGUACCGACGUCUGAACCAUACUUGACUGUUGGAAGGUUCAUUUCGGUACCUGGAAACACCAAGUGUUCAGCGGCUUUAUCAGAGAUGGCUUCAGCUCUGGAGCUGCAAGAAAUACAUCUAUCGAAUGAUAAGAGUUCAAAGUGGCCAUUAAAUGGAGGAGUUCCUUGUCAUCUGUCCCUGCACGGGGAGAAAAAAGUUGAAAGACUCUACAUAGCUGGUUACCAAGAUGGAUCAGUUCGAAUAUGGAAUGCAACAUAUCCAAUACUGUCUCCUAUUUUUGUUUUUGAUCCGGAGGUCAAAGGUAUCACUAAUGCGGGCGCAAAAGGAUCAGUUUCUGCUUUGGAGUUUUCUUCUGAAACUCUGAUGGUAGCAAUGGGCAAUGACUGUGGCACGGUUCAUCUUCACAGUCUUGUUAGAAAUAGCAGUGAAACCAGGUUGCAUGUUGUGUCUGGAACCAAAACUGAAGUCUGCGAUUUCGAUCAGGACAAUGGAUCUCAUUUGUCAGCUGUGUUUACUUUAAGUACUUCUCCUGUAUGCACCUUGAGAUACACAAAUCUAGGAGCCAGGCUUGCAGUUGGAUACAGGAGCGGUCAGGUCGCUAUGCUAAAUAUAAGCUCGUCGUCAGUCUUGUUUCUCAUAGAUACACUUUCCGGCCCGGGUUCCAAUGUGGUCUCAUUUUCACCAGCAAUUUCUCUAGAAAAUUAUGACUUGGUGGCCAGCUUGGAUCAACCGAUAACUCAUGGGACGAGUGAACCUGGAAAAGAGCUUAUAUGUGCCUUAACAAAUGAUUUGCAUAUUACUGUUCUAGAUAGCUCCAAUGGAAAUGUGAUUGGUUCUGUCUCUAAAAACCAAAAUAAGGAGUCAACAGCAAUUUCCAUGUAUAUUCUAGAGGGUACUAAGUGUAUCGCUGAUGUCUCUGGUGGAGUACAUCUGCAGAUGUUGUCACGAGAGAACAAGGAAAAAGCCGAACCUGCACAAGUUAGUAGCCACUGUGAAGAUAAUUUUGAUGGAGUUGACCAAUCAACAGAUUUUGUGCAGAGCACAACGGACUUGCAGAUUUUACUUUGUUGCUCGGAUGUACUGCUUUUAUACUCCUUAAAGUCUGUGAUUCAGGGGCAUGUUGACCCCGUCCGGGAGGUUAACCUUCAGAAAACCAACUGCUGGACAACCAUUUUCAAGAAAGAUGAGGAAUACAGGCUGCUUGUAUUUUAUCAAACUGGUUCGAUUGAGAUUAGGUCUUUGCCAAAUCUUGAAAUUGUGGGGGAGAUUUCUCUACUGUCCAUUCUACGAUGGAAUUUCAGGACCAACAUGGAUAAGACUACAAGUUGCACAGAAAAGGGCCAGAUUGCUUUGGUAAACGGAUGUGAAUUUGUCAUUCUGUCUCUUUUUGCUGGUGAUAAUGAUUUCAGGAUCCCACAAUCUUUACCAUGUCUGUAUGACGAAGCCCUGGCAGCUGCUUUAGAUAUGAACGUCUCUCCAAAUCAGAAGAAACAAAAGCAGGGAAAACCAAGAAUUUUUGAUGGAAUAAUGAAGGGUUUAAGAGCGAGUAAAGAAGCUCGAAGUACAGAUUCGGUGGAGGGCUCAAAAUCUCUUCUCUCAGCAUUAGAUAAUGUAUUUUCAGGUUCUAAAACAGAUACUUCUGCAGACACAAAAGACACUGGAAAAGUCGUGGAGCUUAACAUUGAUGAUAUCGAAAUCGAUGGACCUCUACAUGUCUCGCCUAUAGCUCUCAAAAGAGAAAGUGAAGACAAAGAUAAGAGCACUGAAAAGGAAAAGCUAUUUGAAGGUGGAACCACUGAAACAAAACCAAGACAGCGAACAAUCGAAGAAAUCAAGGCCAAGUACAAAAAGACGGGGGAUGCGUCAUCGGCUACAGCUUCAGCUGCCUCUGCUGCAUCAGAAGCAAAAAACAAGCUUCUAGAAAGGCAAGAAAAGCUUGAGAGGAUUGGCGAAAACAGCGAAGAGCUAAGAAACAAUGCAGAAAACUUUUCCUCCAUGGCUAAAGAGUUGGCAAAGAGGAUGGAAAAUCGUAAGUGGUGGCAAUUAUGAUUUAUGAGCGAAAACAACCAACUAUUAUGUAACGCUUUAUUUAAUCGAUCUCAUUUAAUGAGCGCGCGAUGAGAUACAUAGGUGAUCUUGUUCUGAUUUAAUAUUUUUGAUAAUUAACCACAUAUUGAAGUUGUAUGUUGCAUCUAGAUCAGUGUACAUUGUUAAAUACUAUCAUGUUUGUAACUAACUUCUUAGGAAAAGGUGGUUCUCUCUUAACACAAGGUUGACUACUCACUGUAAUAUUGCAACCUUAUCAUGUAUUCAAAUUGUAUGUUGUAUCA